GUUGUGCUUGAUUCCCUUUCCUUGUUUCUUCUGACUUCCUUUUCGUUUGUCUCUGUUGCUUCAGCUGCAGUCAAGACAUUUCUUUCACUUUACCGACUCUUCUUGGGUUUCCUGCAAGGGAUAACACAUGCCUACGUAUACUGUUCAAUCAUGAAAGUAAAUGGCUGGAUAGAUAGAGAAUAG